AGACGGCUAGCAGACGUUGUUUUUCGUUUGUGUUUUGUGUGUGCUAAUUUUUGCAGCAUUGCAGUGAGUGCAACUCUGUGUUCGCAGCUUCGUUGUCAAUAUAUUCAAUGUGAACACCGCCUUUGCACUGCGGCUACCCUUCCAAUUUCGUAGCUAGCCAAGUACCUUUGGGACCGUCCCUGAUGUUUCAGAUGCGCGCUUAAAGGUUGGACUUCGUCUCGCGGUCAUGCCGAUCUCUCUGCGGUGGUACAGCGGGAUGAAGUACCUGCUCACGGUAUAACUCUUCAUUGUGAGCACUAUCACAGCCUAAAAAACUCCUACAACUGAACGCUCGAAAAGUUUUCUCAAGUCGUGGACGGUGCCCGACUUCUCGGAGCACCACGAAACCGCUGUCUAGAUGAUGGCUUCCGUCUUCCUGAACACGCUCACGCCGAAGUUCUACGUUGCUCUCACGGGCACCUCGUCCCUGAUCUCCGGCCUGAUAUUGAUCUUCGAGUGGUGGUACUUCCGCAAGUAUGGGACGUCAUUCAUCGAGCAGGUGUCUCUGAACCACCUCUCUCCAUGGCUGGGGGGUGGUGCAGAGGAGGCCGAGGGGGAUCGGCCCCCCGACAGGGGCCCCUCCUCAAUGCCCACGCCUUCCUCGGCUGGCGAGUGCAAGGUGUGGCGCAACCCGCUGUCGCUGCUGCGAGGCGCCGAGUACUCGCGCUUCCUGACUGCUACCCGCCGUGAGCCGCUAACAUUCUACGAUAUGAACCUCUCUGCACAAGACCAUCAGACGCUGUUCGCUUGCGAAGCAGAUGCAGGACACCCCGAUUGUGAAGUGAUGCAAAUGGCCUGGCGAGAGAGAGACCCCAAGACACGCAUCCAACAUGCUCAUACAGCACUUGAGAAGAAUCCGGAGUGUGUGACAGCCUACAUCUUGUUGGCUGAAGAAGAGGCACCAAGUGUGUUAGAGGCCGACAGACUCUUUCGGCAAGCUCUCAAGUAUGCUGAGGUGAACCAUCGCAAAAGCCAGCCAUUGCAGCACCAGGGAACCCUUCACGAAGCCAUUCACAGAAGGGACUGCAACGUGCUUGUCUACGUGCGCCGGAGAUUGGCCAUGUGUGCUCGAAAGCUGGGGAAGGUUCGUGAGGCUGUCAAGAUGAUGCGUGAUCUUAUGAAGGAGUUUCCCAGUAUGAACCUCUUCAACAUCCAUGAGAAUCUCAUCGAAGCUCUUCUGGAGCUCCAGGCCUAUGCAGAUGUUCAAGCUGUUCUUGCCAAAUAUGAUGACAUCAACCUUCCCAAGUCAGCGAGCAUCUGCUACACAGCAGCUUUGCUCAAAGCACGUGGUGUAGCUGACAAGUUCUCGACGGAGGCUGCUGCACGUCGAGGUUUGACAGGCCCCGAGCUGAAUGCAGUAGAGGCUGUGCAUCGAGCCGUUGAGUUCAACCCACAUGUGCCCAAGUACCUGUUGGAAGCCAAAAGUCUCAUCUUGCCACCCGAGCAUCUCCUCAAGCGUGGCGACUCUGAGGCACUUGCGUAUGCGUUUUUUCACUUGCGCCACUGGAAGCGGGUUGAGGGGGCUCUCAACUUACUGCACUGGUCCUGGGAGGGGACAUUCCGGAUGCUGCCAUACCCUCUGGAGCGAGGACAGCUCUUCUAUCCAUACCCUGGCUGCACAGAGGCAACAGACCGUGAGCUCUUGCCACCCUUUCACGAACUCUCUGUGUAUCCGAAGAAGGAGCUGCCAUUCUUCAUCCUCUUCACAGCAGGACUGUGCUCCCUGACAGCCCUGCUGGCCCUGCUGACACACCAGUAUCCAGAGCCUGUGGGUCUGGCAGCACGCACACUUCUCGCGUGGCUUGCUUUGCCUCUGGGCUACGUGUUGGACAAGCUGGAAGCACUCCUGCCCUCCAGCUUGCUUCAGCAGCUGUCACGGAUCUGACUACCUACAAUCGUCAUGCCAUAUACCUCAUCUCACCGCCCAUUUGUGCUCAUAGUAGCCAUGGGAGACCCCACCCCAUUACAUGUAUGCAUGUGUGUGCACAGCCGAGUGGAUGCUUCUCAUUCUCCGUGGGUUUUCUCGAGGCUGUAACUAAUCCAUAAAGAAAUGCCUAGUCAACCAAACCUGUGCGUCUGCAUGUGUUGCAUUGUCGGACCAUUAUGCAUACUCUUCAGGAGCAUUGAACAAAGACAACCAGCGCACAGCAUCGGUAUGGCUAAGUACGCAAGUCCUGGGCAAGCUGUCACCUUAGUGCAGCCCCCGCAUGUGUGGCAUCGUUAUGGUGACUUGCCCUGGCGUGGCUGCAGUACCGUCUAUGUACAUUGUGUGACAGGAUCCAGACGGAGCCAGAGCCACAGACAGUAUUCAAUCAAAUUCAGUCUCGCGAUGCAUAUAACACAUAUGCGCAGUGCUGCCACCUAGGGAAAUUUCCCUAAAUCUAAACAUUUUAAGCCUUCUUUAGGGAAAACACAGAUUUGGUCAAAUCUAGGGAAAUAACUGACGAUACAGCAUGUUUUUAUUGCAGUCCCCUCAAACUAACUUCACAUUAGCAUGUGAAGUAUCUCUUGAUCUUAAGCAGCGCAGUGAACCGAUCUCACCUAGCAAACGACAGGAUGUGGAUGGCCUGGUUCCUUUAACGAAGUGCUCCUAGUCAGAUUUUGCCGUUCUUACCUCUGGCACUCUGAUGUCUGUGCACUCUGAAUUAAAUAUUUAUAUGUACUCAGCAAAACCUAUGUAUGUGAGAACAUUAAACAAAGCAGCACGGACACAUACACCUAGCACAACAAUGUGGUCAUGGCACUGAACAGCUGACUGUGCACUUGUCCGAUGGCAGGACAGCAGGAUUCGAACACAGGACCUCUAGUACAGAAGCACAAUAUUGAAGCCAUUAUGCCAUGGAUAAGCAGGCUCCUGACACUGCCCAGACGGAGCGUCAGAUGGGAUGGAUGGGUAGGUGGGUGGGUGGAUCCUUUAAAUUGGGCGAUGGCACACGCCACCUAGAUGUGACUAGUAAUAUAUUUUAUUCUUAGUGGAAGGUGAAAUUUCAUUCUUGCUUUGAUUUUAGCCACCAGUCAGAUAACCUCCAUGUCGUUAUUUCUUCCUGCUUAAAGUGUAUUUUACCUCCAUUGUUCCUAAACCCCAAUGGUUUGAAAAAAAAAUCACCACUAUUGCUUUAAACUGUAGGGCGAAGCCCUUUACAAAAAAGUAUUGGGUCUUCAGCCAUUUCCUCCUCCUCUCCACAUGCACAGCAUAAUGUGUCUACCCUUUGGUACUUGACUCAGUAUGUCUUAGUCUGCAAUACUCUUUUAGUUGUUACACAUUUUUCAUGUUCCGUUAGGUAUUCAGCCCCAUUGUUUAUCUACUUGCCAAGAUAUUCAUACUUAUCCACUACCUCCAGCAUAACCUCCUGUAUCCUGUGCUUGCUGCGCUGAUUAUCAUUAAAAAUGACUGCCAAUCUUUUGUUACUAAACUUCAAGCCUAAUCUAUCUCCCUCUUUACUGUAGAUGUCCAUCAAUCCCUGCAAAUCUUCCUCGUUGUCAGCUUUAGGUACUAUAUCAUAUGCCUACAUCAGUCCUGUUAAUGACUGUUCAAUCCAUUUUCCUCGCUUGUAAAAAGAAAGGUUGAGGCCAAGUCAGCUCCUCUCUAAUUUGGUGACUUGGUCUCGGAUACAACAUGAACAACACAGAUGACAGAAGGCACCCUUGCCUAAGCCCCUGCUGCAUCUCGAUAGGCUCAGAUACCUUUUUUUUUUCUCAUUUUUAAAGCACCUUGUUACUUUUAUACAUACAUUUUAAAAGGUUAUAGUUAUUCCAUCUUCCGCAUCUAGUGUGCCCAGUAUGUUCCACAAAUCCUCUUAGAUUACACUGUCAUCGGCUCCCUUGAUAUCAAGAAAUGCCAGCCAUAAGGGCCUGUGUACCUUGUUUUACAUACGUAUAUACAUACAUUUUAUGUAUGUAUGUAAUGUUACUUUAAGACUCAGUUACUCUUUGUGUAUCAUAACCAUCCCCAUGUUUGUGAAAUUCGGUGCACAACCGGAAGGACAACAAUGGCUUGACAGGUGGCUCUCCUGUCGAGAAGUUGCCAUGUUCCAUAAGGAGGAUGCAUCAACUCUUCCAGCCAAUGUACACAUUACCACGUGAAAGCAGCAGCUUAUAAAGAACACAUGACACAAAUUAUAUAUUUGUCGCAUGUCAUUUUAAAGCGACAUCAUUAAAGCACAUCAGAAUUGGUGUUAAUGUUGGUGCACAAUAUAUGCAUUUACUUUAAACAGUCAAAUAUGCAGGAGCUUGGAAUAUGCUUGAAUAUUCUUGGAACUGCUUUGGUCAUACAAAAGUCAAUGCUUUCUUUUUGGCGUCACCAUUCUUGGUUCAGUUUCUUUUUUCUUUUUUGCAAAUGAUGGAUUGGCAGGGUGCAUGCCAUGCGCUUUGAUCGCGAUUCCUCUUUGUUCGCACCUUAUAAAAGCACACGGCCAUGACUCCAGAACAAGAAAAUCGCCACAGUAACGCAGUGACACCUGUCCACUUUUUGAUAAACUUCACCGCCUAACAUGGCUGUACUGAGGCAAAGCUGACUAUGAAACUGGCAUUAUUUUACGGA